GCCAGUCUGCUGGAGGCUAUGCACUGCUGCGGUCCGCUACACAUACUCUUCUAGUAAAAAUCAUUCGAUUUCACUUGAUCUGAUACAUCGUUACAUCUGUGGAUUACUUCGAAUUUUCGCUAUCUAGUGUUUCAACGGUUUUAGUGAUAGUGCGUUUUCAAAAGGAACCGAUUUUUGUGAAUCUUAAAGGCUUCUUUAUUCAUCCCGCGCUUAUUGACGCCGGUCUUUUUCAACAACAGGUGCAAACAUGAAAAAGACAAAAAGUUGUACUAGCGGAUGGUGGGUCGUGUUACUGACAGCCACGCUGGCAGUGGGCGCCCUGGCCGAUGCAGGUGUUGGUCUCUUUAACGCGAGGUUGAAACAAGUCAUCACCUCGAGCACUCUUAAAUGGUCUAACUUAAAGAAAGAAUCGAUGGAAUAUUAUGUCACAGGAGCAGAUUCGGAACAAGGUCCCAUAUAUCUGUGCAGAACUCGUCACGAAGGUGAUAUGUUACUGGGACAGCUCAGACCGGACUACACUUCCUGUGCAGUGUCGGGGAGUAAGAGCUAUAAACUAUUUGAAGUAUUAGAAAAUAUCGAAAAUGCCUCAUUAAUUAUGUGGAAUUCUUGGAAUAAAUUUAUUUCGAAACCAAGCGGUGCAAUCGUGGUGGAUUCUUCUGUUGAUUCUGUUUUCAUAGGUCGAAUUAAAGCUGACAGUGGAUUUUCACAUAAUAUUGGAAGGAUUAUUUAUGAAAGUACUGUUGGAUUAUUGAUCACUUUCGACGAUAGAAAUAAGGAACUAGAAGAAAACAGCGGGGAAAUUCUAGUAGAAAUUGAACCACUGAGUUAUAAAUUGGAAAACGUCGAGUUGGACUUAGAGACUCAGCACGAACGACAAAGCGAUCCUCAAGUUUACGAGGAACGAAUUUUAAGAAACGAUGGCGAUGUCGCUGCCACUGUCACGACCGAAAUUGAAUACAAAUAUAAUUACACCUUGUCUUGGGGCCACGGACACGGAAUCGCUAUCGGGCUGAAUACGACCAUCGAGAUGAGCGAUGGUACUUUAGAACAACAAAUAGAAUGGGCUAAUCCAUUUUCCGAAGAAAGAAAAGAAUUGUAUAAAAUAGAAAAAUACCUCGAACCAGGAACUGCUUGCAAUGUAACAUUCAGAGGCAAUAACACAGAUCGCGACGUACAGUACACGGCUAAAUUGGUAACCUUCUACAAAAACAACAAUGCGCGAUCGAGGCAAAUGAGGGGUGAACGAAACGAGAAUACGGUCGAAGUGGAAGCUAUCUACGGUGAAAUUUACUAUACUGUGAACAACACCCUUGUACCGACAACGACGACGACCACGACUACAACCACAACUACCACUACCACUACCACUGAAGCGCCGGCGCCACAGCCACCAGCUAUAGAAGGAAACGAUGUCGGUAUGAUUAUGGACAGCAACGAUAUAUCAGGAGACAGUGGCGAGGAUAUGGUAAAAGCGCCACCCGUGAAGGAAGAUAUCAAUAGGUCUGUGGUCGGAGGUCUCGGUAGUAAUCCCAACGGCGCCACUAGCUAUAGGAUUGUCUCUUUAACAUUACUCGUAUCAAUGUUCACUCUUUUGCUAUAAUUUCUUUGCCACAUAUAUAGCUUUCCUUGUAAAUAAAAAAGAUUAUAUCAUUGACAUGUUAGUUGCUUCACAUUGUUGUAUAUGCGGCAACUAAGCUUUAUGCCGUUGUUUAUCCGAGAAUAGGUUAGUCCAGCUCGGUACUUUAUGUAAAUAAUAUAUUAAAAAAAGGUUUUGUUUACAAGACAUUCCUGUUAAAUUUUUCAUUCCAAUUGUAAAAAUUGAAGACCUUUAACAUCUCAUUGUAUAUAGAUUUUGUAAAUAGUUAAGAGUAUGGAAGUCGCAGAGCGACAACAAAUAUCUUUACGGCGGAAGAGAAUCGAUCAGGUAUGUCGGUUGGAAAAUAGCUAAAAUAUAGCACUGUUACCAGUCCACAAAUACAUUUUCAGUUGUAAAGAGAAAUGGCUAUAAAAAUAAAGCGAAUUGUUAUUUUAAAAAAUGUAAUAUAUACAAGACAGUGAUUUAAAUAAUUUAACGGUAUGACGAAAAUAUAUCAACUAGUUUUUUGUUUGAGGAAAGAUGUAAUGUACCUUAUGAAUAUAUAUAUACGUUUACAUUUUUGGGUCACUAAUAUCAUACCUUGCUUACAUUAGACAAAUUACUUGUAAUGUUCUGAAAAGAUCUUAUUAACCUUUGAUCUAUUUUCGUUGGUCUAUUUUUAAAAGAUACGUCCCACGACACUUUGUAUCACGACGCAUUGAAAAUCCGAACGAAAAUAGUAUUUAAUCACUCUCUACAAUACCUCUGUCGAUUUCUAUUUUAAUAUUUUAAGUUAUUUUAAGACAAGAUUAUAAAAUCAGACAGAAUAAAAUAUAUCAUUCGUAUUUUAAAACUUUUAGCGGUAGAUAUUUAAUUUAUUUGUUGUUUUAGGUUAGUGUGAAAAAAUGAAACAAGUAUACACUUAAGUUCCGUACAUGUAUUAUUGAGAAAUAUUUAAACAUAACUAUAACUUUGUUAUUACCAAAGUUACAUUACUUUAAAAGUCUACCUAAUUAUAAGAGUAAUAGUUUAUGGAACAGUAGCUUCCUGUUGAGCGAUGCAUCAAUAACGUACACCAAUUAGCUGAUAAAUUAACUGUAAGUUUUAUGUUGCUUAGCUGUGUAUCGUGAAGUGAAAAGAAUGAAUAUUUUUAUAUGGACAAAUGUGGGACCGGUGCGCGCCUAUUACAGUAGUGACAACUGCGCAUCUGCCCUCACAUUAUUAUAAUUAUUAUAUGUAUGUACUAUGUAAACCCUAAAUUAAUGUAACCAUUCAUACAUCGUAGUGUCAUUAUUAAAAUCACGUGUCCAUAGAAUUGUAAAACGAUUAUUGUUAUGUGAUUUAUAUUUAGUAUCAAAUUUUGAAUCUCAUUAUUAACGUUAUUUGUAAAGAUCAAUAUCCCACCUAGCGUAACAUUAUCGAGUAAGAUUAGAAUUACUACAAAUUUUAUCAUUGAAAUGUAUUCAAAUAUUGAGAGAUGAUGCGUAAGCUUGUAUCACAUGAUUGCCUGCAACGUAUGUUAUAGAUAGCGAUGACUCGAAUAAAUAAUAUUAUAUAUUGUAUUUUUUCAAAUUUUAUAUUGCAUUUGAAUUGUAAUCGUGUAAUUCUCAUUAUAAAAGGCACGUUUCGUAUUCGUUAAACAAAUGAACCUAUUGGUGUAUCAUAAAUUAUUCGCUUUAUAGAAAGUCCUUUUGUCAAAAUUAAUAUUUAUACUUGAAUCUCAACCAUCAAGAUUGUUUGCGAAGCAUAAUUGUGAUGUUCUAUGUAAGUUUUGUUUUCAAUCAUUAAAGUGUAAUUAUAAAAAAGGCUUAUUAUUUUUCAUUUAACGAUAUUAAUGGAGCACUCAAAAAGUGAAAAUUGUAAUUUGUAUUAUACGAAAAUAUAACCAUA